AUGCGAUGCGGGAUGACCUCAAAACACCCAUGGGCUGUCCCUGGAUCUGCCACCAGCCUUGGCUUCAGCUCCCAGAUAUACCCGGAUUUUUAUACCUCCUUGACUGAAGCCUGCCUGUCGGAGCCCACUCGCCGGGGUCAGCCCUGGAUGGACCGCCUCCGCGGGGCCCGGGGUUGGGGAGCCCUGGAGGGGUUGGCUGCGGAGGGCGUCCCUUGCUCUCAGGCCGGGGUCCCUACGGAGGUGUCCUGCCCGUCGCGGCCGCUCCAGACUCCGUUUCCCUGCCAGCAUCGGUGUCUGGGCUUCCCCGCACCCGCGGGCUCUGCUCCGGCACUAAAGGGUUACGGCCGCUUGCACCCGCCGACCAAUGGGGGCGCGCAGCGCCUUCGCGGCGCCUCGCGAUUGGCCGGCCCGAGGGUGGGCGGGGGCGCCCCUCCCCGGGACCGCGUAUAAGGCGGCGGCGGCGGGCGCCGCGCACCGCGGCCAUGAGCAGCGCGGCCGGCCCGGACCCGGCGGAGGCGCCCGAGGAGCGGCUUUUCCUCAGGAGUACGAGCCGACCAUCUUCUACCCCACACGCUCACUGGACCUGCUGCACCGGGACCUGACCACCCAGUGCGAGAAGAUGGACAUUCCUUUUCUGUCGUACCUGCCCACCGAGGUGCAGCUCAUCAACGAAGCCUACGGGCUGGUGGUGGACGCUGUGCUGGGCCCCGGCGUGGAGCCCGGCGAGGUCGGGGGCCCCUGCACCCGAGCGCUGGCCACACUCAAGCUGUUGUCCAUCCCUCUCGUGAGCCUGGACAUUCCCUCAGGCUGGGACGCGGAGACGGGCGGCGACGCCGAAGACGGGCUGCGGCCCGACGUGCUGGUGUCGCUCGCGGCGCCCAAGCGCUGCGCCGGCCGCUUCUCCGGGCGCCACCACUUCGUGGCCGGCAGGUUCGUGCCCGACGACGUGCGCCGCAAGUUCGCCCUGCGCCUGCCGGGCUACACGGGCACCGACUGCGUGGCGGCGCUGUGACCGCCCGGACCCGCGCCCCGCCGCCCGGACCCGCGCCAAUAAACAGCCCCUGCCCCACCGCC